AUGACAACAUAUAAGCAGCGCGCACCUUUCCAUCGCCAGAGUAGCAGACACUCGCCCGACGAAGACCUAACUGAAGCCCGCAUUGUCUCUUCAACAAAGGGAACCCAGUCCAAUUUCUCUGGCGCCCACGCCCAUUCUCAUGCUCCUGGUCUGUCGUCAACAAACCCCUCAGACGAGAUUUUUGAAAACGGUCUGGAUCAGGAAUGGACAUCUAUUCGUCACACAGCCAGUGCUCGCGUGAGGGCACGGCAACAGCAAUACCUCCACCAAGCACAGCAACGUGCACAAGAAUGGCAUUUUGUUCUUGGCCAGUAUCAACGACCCCCACUGAGCACAGCAAGCAGUACCGGCACCGUAGCUCAGGGAGGGAUCUCCUCAGAUGAAUACGAGGACGUUCUUAGCGGGAAUGAAGCAGCUUCAGUCAUGGACAGUACAUGUGGUCGAGGUCUCAGGGAUACAACACUACAACUACGUCCACAAAGCUAUCGAGAGCGAACCAGCAGUAUGGGUCAGUUGAGCGCUUACAGUUACUCUGAUCUGCCAAGCGAAGAGCUCGAGGACUUGGACGAAUCCGAAGACUUUUCGAUCUGGUCUCAAGACGACGAGGAUGUGCAUUCGACCUCAACUGUGUCGCGCCCUAGACUGUCCAAGUUCGCGUCCCCCUACGCAGCCUCGGUUUCGUCAACAACCUCGCUCAACAACAUGAUUCACCCUUCGUUUGGCCACCACUUCGGAGGAGGCGCUAGUAACCGAAUCCAGAACCAAAUGCCCUUCCACGACGGCUCUGGGAACUUUGUGUCGUAUCGCUCGUCAUCAUCACAGCUAGGAUUAUCUGAUCACGAGUCGGAUCAUGGUGGGUGGGAAAGCUCCUCAUCCACUACAUCCUCGGCCCUCAAAGGGGAACGUAUACCUCAGAGCCAACAGACAUGGAACGUGGGAUCAAGACGACCCGUUUCCUCCACUGAGUUCGACUCAGUAAUUCACAAUAUUGCUCAACUGCAGACGCGACAAGUCCAACAACCACACAGUAAUGCGUCAACAUACACCUUUGGGGCUCACGGCAACACCUCCUCGCUUCGCCCACCGCUACCGGCCGCCUCUGUGACGCAUGGCAAGAAGUCGAUUGGACCAUCUAAACUUCAAAAGUGCAGCAUUUAUGAAGCCGAGAUGGAGGAUAUUGACGCUAUGGUCAUUGAUAUCCCCUCCAAGCAAGGAUGGCUCCAGGCGUUUGAGCAGGCCUUGAUCGCUUUCAGAUCUGGAGAAACCGAGCUGGAUAUGGACGAUUCGAUGCUGGUCAGUCCUAUUAGAGCACUGGCGCGUCACUCGACGCAGGAGGAUGCAAUAGAUCUUGUUGGGCUUUCGAAGACUCUGAUACCUGAAUCGUUGGCUGGUACCUCAGAAUCAUUAAAGGCUAGACCCCACCGUUCGUUGCCAAAUUCAGACACUACCAAUACCGUAACGAGUACUCGCUUGCCUGUGAUCACGUCCUCAUCAUCAAUUGAAUCCUUCGCCGGCUCCACUAAGGACAACACAUCGGCAGACAUGAGGGAAGUAAAGCAACAGAUAUCAGAGUCAUCAUUGGAGACGCUUCAACGACUCCAGAAGAGACACAGGACCAGUUAUCAGGACUUUAGCGCUCUGCAUGCACCCCUUGCCUCGACUACUUCCUUCGGCAUGGAGGGAUCUCAGGCGGACCCCAUGCAUAUCCACUUUUCACCGACCAUUGCGAUGAAUCAUCGGACUCAAGACAACAGCUUCGCAGACAGUGGAGGAGAGUCAAGUUCACGGACGGAUAUUGUCGACUUUCAAGGCCAGACAAAUGAAAGCGAUUCGAACUUACUGACCUCAGUGAUAUCCUCUCUUCGCCGAUUCCGUGACCAUGUCAAGUCUAACCUGCUGCAUGCAGAAUUUGACGACGACGAGGGCGACGAUGGCACGCACAAAUUUCUAUCAGGACUUGGGCUUGAGGGCGAUCUAGGGAUCGAAUGGGCCACAGCCGGUCGAGGCACACCUCAGUCACUUUUGGAUAAGCACUGUGAGAGUAAGCUGCCUGAUGCUCCUGUAGCUACACUCGGUCGACAUACAGAGACCUCGGCAGCUUUUUUCUCAAAUUCUAGGCCAAAAAGGGCCAUAGCGCGAGAAAGUAUUCGGCGCACUGGCAGCGAUUGUGGACUGGAAAGUAUGCUGCGCGACCAGACCAAGGAACCUGUCCCGAACACGGCUACUUCCUUUUGA